AUUUGCGAUUGCCAUGGCCAAGCUUCAACUCCAUGGCGCGUUCACGGCGCUCGUCACGCCUUUUACGGCCGACGGCGAACAUGUCGACUACGAAGCGCUUCGUCGGAUCGUUGACAUGCAGAUCUCCCGCGGCAUCAACGGGCUUGUCCCCAUGGGCACGACUGGCGAGUGCCCGACUGUGUCCCACGACGAACAUGACAAGGUCAUCGCGUCCGUCAUCGAAUAUGCCGCCGGACGCGUCCCUGUGAUUGCAGGCACGGGGUCCAACAGCACGGUGGAGGCGAUCCGACUCACGCAAGCUGCCAAGGACGCAGGCGCCGACGCAUGUCUUGUCGUGAACCCGUACUACAACAAACCGUCGCAGAAAGGUUUGUACGAACACUUCAAGAAAAUCCAGGACAUCGGCCUCCCCGUCGUGCUGUACAACAUCCCUGGACGCACCGGCAUCAACAUGACCCCCGAGACCGUCGCGGAACUGUACAAGUUGCCCAACAUCGUCGCGAUCAAGGAAGCCACAGGGUCGUUGGAGCAGGCGUCGGAAAUCGCGGCGCUGUGCGACAUUACGAUUCUGUCGGGAGACGACACGCUAACGCUGCCCAUCAUGUCGGUCGGCGGGAAGGGUGUGAUCAGCGUCUUGUCGAACGCGUCCCCGGAGAAGGUGCUUGCGAUCACGGACGCCGUCCGCAACGGCGACUUCAACGCGGCGCGCGUCGCGCACUUGUCGUCGAUCAAGCUCUGCAAGACGAUGUUCAUCGAAACGAACCCGCAACCCAUCAAGAAGGCCAUGCAGCUGCUCGGUCUGUGUCACGACACCGUCCGCUUGCCCAUGGUCCCGUGCUCGGACGAAUCGGCCCAAAUCAUCCGGCAACAACUCCAAGCGAACAACUUGCUCUAAUUGUUAAUACUACAGUGGUAGUUAGUUAGCCGUGUAGAGCACGAGGUCAAGUUGUGCGGAUUCAUUAAUGGCACACACGUGAGCUGUCCACCGUACAAUCACUCUCAAAUUGAGAAACCUCUAUUAAUGAGUAGCC